GAGACACUGUACACAAUGGUAUAAUCCAUGUAAGUGCUCGUCCUAUGCGCCGGCUUAUUAUCAUAACACACCUCUUCCAGCGUGUAGUUUAGAUCUGCUGGCUUGCUAAAUUCCCUUCAAUAAUUUGUUAAGAAAGAUACACAUUUUGAGUUGUUUUAACUCAGAAAUUUCUUCUGACUGCGAAGUGAGAGUAUUUGUAUCAUCUUGCAAUCAUGACGACACGGAUGGCAAUGCGCUCUGGUCCUCCUGUGGAACCGGGCAAGAUGUAUCCAAGUUAUUCGGCAAAUCUUGAUAACAGAAUCGCAUACGGCAAUUUACCACAGUGGAUAGUGGCUGGUGUUGAUGUACCAAAAGAUCUCCAGAUUCAGCAAAUGACAUACGCAAAGAGUCUCAGAGUGAAUCCUCCCCUGUAUGCUGGCAACAGUACUGGCAUCAUUAGAUCCGCCCCACAACCUCGUCCCGACCCACACGUUAAACCGUACACAAUCAAAACACCCUGGGCAGGAGAGGGUGGAGAAAGAUACACCGCUUAUGUCUCCAAGCAGCAGUCGGAGCCACACCUCGCCGACUCCCCCUACGCAUAUUCCGCUUCGCAUCUAGGCGAGCAGCCAAGACGCUCGUGGAAAUACAACCAGUACAACACACACGCAAAGCAAGGGUUUAAGUUCUGGCUGGAAGAGAAGAAACCAAUCAACAAGUCACAAAAGUACACAUUUGGAUCGACAAAAACUUUCCUCGGUUUAGGAAAUGGGCCAAGAAACUGACAACCUCCAAGCGAAGACGAACUAUAACAUUUAUCAUUCCUAUAGAUGUUAGAGCCAGUUGAAAGCAGGCUUUCCAGAAACUGGCAGAGAUCUUCUCUUAUUCAGGAAGAUUAUUUGACUGAAUGAAGACAUCGCGUAUUAUAACAAUCAGUUAAUCGAAGAAUGAUGUAAUUUCACCCCCUCUGACCCAGUGAUGUGCAGGCUAAGAAUGAUUUUCCAUGUCAACAGUUUUGCAAUUUUAUCUUACUUUUGGUUUGUUUGUUUGUUUUUCAACUUAAAAUGAUAUGCACGAUAUACGAAACUUCAGUUUUUAAAGCCACAUUAAUGUUUUCUAUAUUUUUAAAUGCAAUACUCGAAACGAUGUGGUUUAUUAGCGAUGUGUGUGAGCAGUUUAUCUUUGUAUACUCGCCACCUUGCUGUUGAGAAUGUCAAAUUACUUCUACCUGUCUGUUUUGAGCCUCAUGGUUGUGAUUUGGGUUAUUAUGAUUUUGUUAAUUGAGUAUUAUCUGUAAAUAUUGUUUUACAUGUAUAACUAACGUAAAAAGGCAGUGUGCUAUAUUUGUG